AGCGUGGAGAACUACUACCAGGAGUCUGGUCGUGCUGGACGCGAUGAACGUCCCAGCAGCGUUGUCCUCUUCUGGCGACUGGGUGACUUCUUCCGUCUCGCCAGCAUGGUCGUUGCAGAGCGCACGGGCCUGACCAAACUCCUGGUCAUGUUGGGCUACUGUCUGGAGACGCAGUACUUUGUGGCCUGGUGCUUGCUGCAGUCCUAUCUUCGCAUGGAUUACCAUUUCACGCCUUAUUCCACGGUCAUCUAUCUUUCAGCGACCCAGCGCAGCAGUGAGCCCCAGAAGCUGCCCAUUCCUCCGUGGGUGUUGGGGGCCCCACCGGACGAGGAUUUGGAUGCGCCUUCCCCUGCCCCCUCCUCGUCAUCCUCUUCCUCCUCCGUCAUUCCUCCCAGUAAAAGGGCCAAAAAACGAUUGGCUGAAAGCCCUGUGUAUGAAGUGACGUCGGAUUGA